UGAACCGACUGUGGAUGCGAAGGAGUGUUGGCCGGAGCACGAGCCAUUUUUCACCCUUGCUUACCCCUUUUUGCUCUUUUCUUCGGUUGUUUUGCCUCGCCCUCGUGCUGCUUGUCCUGACAGUAGUGCCUGGCUGCUGUCGAGCGACCAACAGAUCCUCGGGAGGAAAGAGGGCCAACCGGAAGCCGACCGCCGGUGGUGAAGACUCGAGUCGCUGCGGACCUGCUGCACUCUCAUCCCAGCAAAGCCCUGACACCCCUCCCGCCACCUCUUCUAUCAAGUCGUUCCUCGCGCGCCACCGUCGUCUCGUCAAGCCGUCUGCCGCCGCGCCCUCGCCUGUCCUCGGCAGUCUCUUUUCGUCCCGCCAGUCGCCGUCGGUCAACGUGGAUCCCUCUUCCUCUUCUGUGACGGAGCCGUCUCAGAAGCGCCUCAAGACCGCCCAGCCACACACACCAGUCGCCCAGGAGGAGGCCCCCCUGACCGCGCCACUCUCUGUGCGCAUUGACGUGACAGCCAUGGGCAACAAGCUGAGCGCACCGGAGCAGCAGAUGCUCGAGCAGCUCGAGGGCGACAAGCUCGGCCAGGCGCACCUGCUGGAGCCCAUCAAGGAGGACAAGAAGGCGGUCAAGAAGCUGCUGGCCGAGCUGAUCAAGGCCGACAAGGCCUACCCAGGCGGCCUGCAGAACUACAUCGACCGAGCCCGCAAGCUCCUGGCCGAGAGCAAGGCGGGCGUCAACCCGUUCGAGGGCUACGUGCCGGAGAUCCCCGAGGGCGAGAAGCUCGACGUCGGCAGCGCCGAAUUCGCCGACUUUGAGAAGCUGGGCAUGGAGCAGCUGGAGGGAGCGUGCUUCGUCCUGGUGGCCGGCGGGCUGGGGGAGCGGCUGGGGUACCCCGGCAUCAAGAUCGGCCUGCCCGCCGAGACCACCACCGGCAUGACCUACGCGGAGCUGUACAUCAAGUACAUUCUGGCCUUCCAGGCCUAUGCGACCAAGAAGGCUGGCAAGCCCGUGAAGCUGCCGCUGGCCAUCAUGACCAGCGAGGACACCCACGCCCGGACGGUCGAGCUGCUCAAGAAGCACAAGAACUUCGGGCUGCCUGCCGACCAGCUGACCUUGAUGAAGCAGGAGAAGGUGCCGGCUCUGAUGGACAACGAGGCCAAGAUAGCCCCCAAGGAGGACGACCCCUCCGGCAUUCAGACCAAGCCACACGGACAUGGGGACGUCCACACGCUGCUCAACUCACACGGUACGGUCAGUCGGCUCGGCCACACACACACAUGGCGGCUGGCACCGCAUGGCAUGUGUUGUGGUGAUGCGAUGCGUGUGUGACCACUGACUAAUGUGUGUGUGUGUGUGCAGGUCUUCCCCAAAAGUGGGUCAAGGAGGGCCGCAAGUGGGUGGUGUUUUUCCAAGUGAGUCCUCGCGACCGACGCUGUCUGUCCUCACACAAACAAACGCACAGCACAUGGAUGCAGCCAUGCCCUCACCUUUGUGUGUGGAUGGGAUGCCUCUCAGGACACCAAUGGGUUGAUUUUCCGUUCCGUGCCAGCGGUGUUGGGCGUGUCGGCCAAGAGGGACUUCGCAAUGAACAGCGUCACCGUACCAAGGCACGCACAUACGCACGCACGACAACACACACACAGACAUACACAUGUACCGUGCGUCGUGUGUGUGUCCUGCCUGCAGGAAGCCUGGUGAGGCGGUGGGCGGCAUCUGCAAGCUCAAGAAGGACGACGGCUCCUCACUCACCAUCAACGUCGAGUACAACCAACUCGGUACACUCUCUCCCUCCCUCCCUCCCUCCCUCCCUCUCCAUCCACAGAUGGAUGAUGGGAUGCAUUCCCUCUGUCUGUCUGUCUGUGUGUGUGCCUGUUGUGUUGUGCAGAUCCGUUGCUGAAGGAGACGGGCGACAAGCAGGGCGACACUGCCGACCCCGUGACGGGCAACUCCAAGUUCCCCGGCAACAUCAACGUGUUGGUCUUCAAGGCCGACAGAUACGCAGAGACGCUCACAGAGACCAACGGCACCGUGCCAGAGUUCGUCAACCCCAAAUACAAGGUAGGCUGACACUCGACACACACGCACACAUACAUGAUUGGGGAGACGGUCGACCUGACGGACAUGUGUGUGUUGUGUAGGAUGCGACCAAGACGGCGUUCAAGUCGCCCACUCGGCUGGAGUGCAUGAUGCAGGAGUUCCCACGGCUCUUCAAGGACACCGACAAGGUGAGCGGGGAGGGGAGACCGAUACGAUAGAUACCCACACGCAUACGAACACACUAUCGACAUGUGUGUCGUUUGGUGUGGCUGUGCUGGUCCCUUCCUCCCUCCCUCCCUCCCUCUCAUAGGUAGGGUUCACGGAGCUGCCCCGCUGGUACUGCUUCUCGACGGUCAAGAACAACGUCAAGGACGCCGCAGCAAAGGCCAAGGGCGGCCUGCCACCAGAGGCACCCUACACCGGUAGGUACCCGACACACCCACACACAACACCCAGAAGACGCCACACAUAGAUUGGCCGUCCAUGUGUGUGUGUGGGCAGGUGAGAUGGACAUGUACGCCAAUGCCGGCCAGCUGCUGUCGAUUGCGGGCAAGGCUGUGGGGUCAGAGGUGGUGUUGGGCGAGCCAGUGGAGGUGACAUACCUGGACAUCCCCUACAUGAUGGGCCCGCGCAUCGUCCUCAAGCCCAGCUUCGCCGUCUCCAUCGAAGACAUGAAAGAGAAACUCAAAUCCGGCAAGAUCAACAUCUCCGCAAAGUGAGAAGGAAGGAGAGCACAGACAGCCGGGACGGGAGAAUUCUUGUCGAGGUGUCUGUCUGUGUGUGCGUGUGGUGCAGGUCCACAUUGGUGCUUGAGGGUGACAUUGAGAUCAAGGACCUCGAUCUCGAUGGCGCGCUUGUCAUCAAAGUCGCACCUGGUGAUGCCACCGCCACCACCACCACCGCCACCAUGACACACAGAGAGAGACAUUGUGUGUGGUGGUUGUGCUGUGCUGCACUGUGUAGGUGCCAAGGCGAUUGUUGAUGGUCUGAAGGUGAGCAACCCCGGCUGGGAGUUCGUGCCUCUGGAGCAGCCGGACAGCGCCGACACCGCCCUGCAGAUCCGCGGCUACCAGCUCAAGAAAAACGACGCCAAGGAAUACACCAUCAACAAGGGCACAGAGACCCUGUCCACUCCAUAGGCUGGCAGGCAUGGAUCCAUCACACCAAUUCGUUGGUCCGUGUUUCUGAUCUGUGUGUGCCU